AUGGAAGGGUGUAAGCUUCAUGACAUGGGAGUUAGUGGCCCACAGUUUACUUGGAGAGGAGGAAUGUACCAUGGUGGUCAACGAAUAUAUGAAAGGCUGGACAGAGUUAUAGGAAAUGAAGAUUGGAAGUUUAUGUUCCCCGAUAGUUAUAUCAAAGUUCUUACUAGAGUGAGCUUUAGUGAUCACCAUCCUAUAAUGCUUGCACUAUCAAAUACAUUCCAGGUUGAUAGAGGUAGACAGUUUCGUUUUGAGAGUGCGUGGUUGGUGGAUCAUAAUUAUGAUAGUCGAGUUAAAGGAUUUUGGAGAAAUGGUGAUGAUAUAAUUUCAAAUCUUAAAAGAAUUCAAUGUGAUGUCCAGGAGUGGAAAUUGUGGAAUGUUAACCAUGUGCAAAAUACAAAGAAGAGGUUGAUGGCCAGGCUGAAUGGUAUUCAAGAAAGAAUGCAGAAGAGACAUGAUGUGCAAGGGGAUGAUACAGUUAGAAAAAAAGCUACAUGCAGAACUGAAUAUCAUAUUAAAACAGGAAGAGCUUAUGUGGUUUCAGAGAUCGAGGGCUAA